AUGCCUUCACCCCUCUGGGUGGGCACUGUGCUGCAGUGGGUGAAGCUGCUGCCUGCGAUGGCUGUAUCCUGCGCCACGACCCCCUUGUGGAAGAAGGAGCUGGAAGAGCCCGGGGCCGCGGAGACGGAGCAGGAGGACGCGCAGGAAGGCUCGGAGGAAGAGGACGAGGAGAGGCGGCCAGAGGAGCCGGCCGAGGGCGAGAAGGAGCAGCGGGAGGCGCAGGAGGCCGAGGGUCCCGAGCGCGGCUCCGUGUCCUACUGUCCGCUGCGCCAGGAGCCCAGCACCCAGCAAGUGGCGCUGGUGCGACGCGCCGACAGCGGCUUUUGGAGCUGGUUCAGCCCCUUGGCGCUGCUGGGCGGCCUGGCAGCUCCAGCCGACAGGAAGCGGAGUGUCCCGGAGGAACGGUGCGUGCUGGAGACGCGGCGGCGACCCCCGCGCCCCGGGUGCUGUGCGCACUGCGAGAUCCUGUUUUGUAAGAAAUGCGGGCUCCUGCACAGCUCCCCAGCCUACGUGGCGCACUGCGUCCUGGAACACGCGGAGCUGGGUAAAGGCGGGGGCCGCCAGGGAGGGGGGGAUGCCCCCUUGGGUGGGAAGACCUACGGUUGA